AUGAAGAUCGGGAGGACUCGUAAAGAAACAAGUCAAAAAGAGCUCCCCGAUGGUUCGAAAGCGGUUCGACGAUGGGAUUGUCAAGAUUCGGAUCAUCGUCGAUUUGGUCAGCACAAGAAGAAUCGACGAAUAGAGUUUUUAGUAAAAUGGGCUAAGAAUGGAGAGCUUUCAUGGGAGAAGGACACCGACUUAUGGCAAUUUGAAGAGAAG